AUGGGCACCCGGAGCGGUACUGCCGGUCCGCUGAAGCGUACUGCGGCAAGUGCUGCAGCACGGAACACCGAUCCGCCGAAUGCACUGUGGAGACUCCACGUUGCGCUACCUGCACCCGUUUCAAGAAGCCGGGUGCAGAGGGACACACCACCGCAUCUCCGCAGUGCCCAGCGCGUGUCUUCGCCGAGAGCCGCAUGGUUGCCGCCACCAACUAUAGCGUUCGCUAGCGGGAUUCUUCGGGUAGGGCAGAUUAACCUGGCGGGCGCGGCGCUUGCCACGGAGGAGCUGCCGGCGCUGGCGCGCGAGCUGGGACUCGACAUCGUUCUAACCCAAGAACAAUACUCGAGGUCCCAGUUCAUCAUCCAGACCGGCCCCACCUCCCGUGCGGGCGUCUUCGUCUGCCGGCCGGACCUAACCGUCGCUGCGCUUCACCACCUGUCCACGGUCGAUUGCUUCGUCGUGCAUGUGCGGGAGGUCGAUGCCUAUCUGGUAUCGGCCUACUUCAAGUACGGCGACAGCAUCGACCCGCACCUUGAACACAUGGAGAUCGUCAUGGAGGCCCUGCGCGCANUCGAAGAGCUGCUGCAGAUGGCAUGCCAGAGGGCCGUCGACUCGGCGGCUAAACUCCUCGACGCCAGAUUGGGGGAUCUGGAGAGCCGUCUGCCGCCCCAGAAGACCCUCCGCCCCCCGCUCGCGGCCGAUAGAAAGACUCCCCCGGCCCCUACGGAGGGCCCAACCCCAGCGCCAAGGCCAGCCCCCGGGCCAAGGAAGACACGCCCGACAAGGCCGCAACCCCCAUCCCAGCCGGAACCAGUAGCUUCCAGCCAAGAGGUCCAGACGGCGCCCUCAUCGGCUCCUCCAGCCGAAACAUGGGCCACCGUGACACGGAAGGGGAAGAAGAAGAAACCCAAGACUGCCGCCGCUUCCCAACCGGUCCCUGCGCCCAGGACGGCUUCAACGGCGCCGAAACCGAAGCCCAAGCGGGUGAAACUGACCCCUCCCCGCAGCGCGGCCAUCGUGGUGACGCUGCAGCCAGAGGCGGCAAAGAGGGGGUCUACCUACAAGGAGGUGCUCACCAAGGCCAAGGCUGCAGUGGACCUGUCCGAGCUGGGUAUCCCCAGCAUAAAGGUCACUGACUCGGCGACCGGAGCUCGUCUUAUCGAGGUUCCUGGCGCUGAGUCCAGAGAAAAGGCCGACAAGCUGGCGGACAAACUGAAGGCGGUUCUCGGUGGCGACGUGACUGUCACCAGACCUGAGAAGCGCGCGGGCGUGCGCAUCUCUGGCCUGGACGAGUCCGUCACCAGGGAGGAGGUCGCCGAAGCAGUGGCCAACAAGACGGGUUGCUCUCUGGAAGCUGUCAGAGUGGGGGAGAUCCGGCGCAGCUCCCGUGGAGAGGGUAUAGCCACACUCAGCUGCCCGGUUGUUGCGGCCAAGGCACUGUCGGAGGCCGGCCGCUUCCUGAUUGGGUGGACCUCGGCCCGUGUCCAAAUCUUGGAGGCCCGACCCAUGCGCUGUUUUAAGUGCAUGGGGCUUGGACACACCCGACAGCUGUGCCCUUCUUCGGCUGACCGCAGUGGCCUGUGCUUCCGGUGUGGUAAUCCGGGGCACAAGGCCGCCGAAUGUUCGGCAAAGGACGCGCGCUGCGCUGUUUGCGCUGAAGCCGGCCGCGAUGCCAGCCAUCACAUGGGGGGUAGGAAUUGCAACCCCCCGCAAACAAGAGGGAAGACAGCCGCAGGGGCUCUGGUCCCCCUGGUAGAGGAGCACCAUGAGCAGUGCGAGGAGGCAGACAUGCUCGAUGGGUAGUCGCCAAAUCUGCCUCCUCCAGGGGAACCUUAACCACGCUGCUGG